CGAAAUCAGUCGUUUUUAUUAUCUCUGAUUAUGUGUCGUUUGAUUAGUGUGGUUAUGGUGUUAGUGUUUGGUGUAGUAUAUGGAAAGCCGAAAAUUGCUGUGUUCACUCCUGUUUUAGAUCCAGGAUACAAUGAAUAUUAUGAACGACCCAAGUAUGCGUUUAAUUAUGGUGUAGCAGACCAGAGCACAGGAGAUAUCAAAUCACAACACGAAUCAAGAGACGGCGACGUAGUGAAAGGUCAGUACUCCCUUGUUGAGCCAGAUGGUUCAAUAAGGACAGUGGACUACACAGCUGAUCCGGUCCACGGCUUCAAUGCUGUUGUAUCUAAGAGUGGUCCCAGUAUACACCCACCACGACAGGUCGUUCAACCAAGAAUCAAGCCCGUGAUCCAAUACGUGCCGAAACCAGUUCCAGUGCCUGUGGAAUAUCCAAAUCAAUUUAUUCCCGAAGUUUACGCAACUCCUGAAACAUAUUUGUUCCAGAAAGUGCCGGCCUCUGGUAUUGGUCAGUUCCCAGAUUACGACGGAUUCGAGAUAAAUGGACCACCGAAUCAAUUUUACUGAACCUUGUUAGUUAUAAGAAUUGUCAUAGUUAAUUUAG